AUUUCAAAAUCAUUUUGGUUAGUAAUUUUUCCUGAUUUUUAAUGCCUGGGGAGGCAAAUAACACGCCUCAAUCCGGCCGGAGACCCCGACUCGGAUUGAGUCGGCGUGGUUGCCAGUCCACGCCUUUAAUAAGACUCCAGAGAGAGGGUUCCGCUGCAAAUACACCAAAUUGUGGUGAACAGGAGACUCCGCGGGCUCCAACUUUAUCGCUAAGCUCUCGCAGGAUAGGAUUGUCCAAGAACAGGACGGGAUUGUACAAGAAGAAGCUAGAGUUCGCUGCGGCCCAAGGAAUUAGGGACGAGGACCAGGACAUAGUGAAGAAACCAUCAAAAAAGGAAAGGAAUGAUGCUCUAGAGGCUCUUGAUACGCCAGAGGAGGUACAGGAGAAAGGCAACCAGAAAAACCAGCUUGAAAACAGUCCAAAGAGCAGUAAAAUCAUUGAGCUGCAGGGCGAUAUAGAAAUCUGGCGGCAGGGAUUCAUAGCUUCUGUGGGCGACCUACUGACUAUGGUAGAACCAGGACUCUCAAAGAACGAUGUACUUACGCGGCUGGGCAUUCCCCACGAGAUGCUGCGCUAUCUGGAGGAGGAGUGUCUAUAGUUAAACAUAGCUUUAAGAUUUAACAUUAAGAAACUCUAUAUUCCCAUUGCAACAAAGAGGAAACUAAAAGUUA